AUGUCUGAGGAUAACGUUAAAAUUGAAGAUCCGGAUGAUUUUAUGACUAUCGACCGAACCCCUGUACCACUUGCAUUCUGUGCUCACCCUACACCAAUCGCAACAGAAAUUGUUAAAAAAGAAGCUGGAAUCGCUGAGCAGUUAUUUGAACUUGUUGAUCCAAUUAUCGUUGGAAAUCCGAAUGAAAUUCGACAAGCUCCAUCAAUAAAAAGUUAUGGAUGCGAUACAGAAAGUGAAUUUGAGUUCUCCGAUGACGACAGUGACUUCGAGAAUAUAAAGGAUAUUCGAUCUGGAGCUCUUGAUUCAGACGAAGAAUUCGAUAAAAUCGUAAAAUUCUCUGCGAAGAUUAUCGAGAAGACACAUAAAUCGGAGUAUCCUGAAAACGUAGAAACGAAGAAGAAUCGAAAAUCUAAGAAUACACACAAAACAGCAAAUGUUCGUGAAUACGAUGAUUUACCUCCACUCGAAAAUUUGAGCAUCGAAUGUAAAAGCAAUUUGCUUGAAUUUGGAUUUGUGACUAAAGUUGUCGACUGUCAAGUUGUCAUUGUAUCCACUUGUAACGAAGUUCUAGACUUUGAUUCAUAUCUUUUUGAUCAAAAGGGAAAUGCGAUCGGCCAGAUUUACGAUAUUUUUGGACAAGUCAAGACUCCACAGUAUGUGAUCCGGUUUAAUUCUAGUGAAGAGGCUUCUUUGAUGCCAAUUGAUAUGAAAGUAUUUUAUGCACCAGCCGAAGAACAAUACUCAAAAACACCAUUCAAAGGACUGAAUCUUGCUGCUGCAAAUCGAGAAGCAAUAAAAUCAUUGAAUCGUCGGCUUGAUCAGCAAGCCGCUGUUGAAAAAGCUGUCGAUCAUAUUCACGUCGCCGAUGUUGACAGCGAUGUAGAAUUCAGUGAUGAUGAAGCAGAAAAAGAAUACCGGAAGAAUAAACAAACAGUUCCUAUGAAUCAGAGACAUCAGAACGAAGCGAACAGAGGUGGGCGUAAGCGGGAUCGUCGUGGAGGUCAAAAAGUUCAGUUCGCUGCUGGCAAUACAGCCACGAACCCAUUAGCUGCCAAUACUUCUGCCCCAAAACCAUAUCGACGGGAUCAUGACGGUCCUGCUCCAGACGCUCGACCUCCACAAACAACAGAUUCAAACCCUUAUGCUGAAUUCGGAUGUCACUCUGGAUUCAACGGUCGGUUCGGAAUCUAA